AUGCUACCAUUGUGCACUAAGGCACCAUGUUGUGUCAAAUGCAUUCAGCAAGUGUGUCCCAAGUGUGGUGGCACCACCACUACCACCACAGCUGUGAUGCAACCUGAGACUCAAAUGAGUCCUAUGUAUCCAAUGAUGACGCAUGAUCAAAUGUCAUUUGGUCCCAUGGUACCACCUGUGACUGAGUCUCUGAUCACACAGCCAUGGUUGAGGACUGUCAUAGUGACUGUUUUGGUGCAGCCAACUACUGAACCAGUGCAUCAUGCAGACACCACUGACACUUCUACAGCAGUACCAGUGACCACUGCCACCUCUUCCCCAUCCACAAGCAGCACCAGCAAGGACACACCAUCCACCACCAGCACUACCAUGAGGACUGCUACCACUAUAUACCCUUUAUUCUCUGCCAGUUCUGAUGAAACUUCCACUGUUGCAACUACAGAUAAUCUGGAGGACCAUACCAAUAACCACCACAAGCUCUUCUACAACCAUGACAACAACUCCCACUACUACCACCACAACCACAACUCCAUCAACAGCAACAACUACUACCACAAUACCUGUGUCGUCACUUCUCGGUUGUCGUCACUGAUGGAGACUGCCAUUAAUCAGUUUUUCCUUGGUCAGCUGUAUGCAAAGUCCAUGGAGAAGAACAGGAUGUUUUUCCUGCUUCUCACCUUGCUUUCCAUGACUCUUACAGUGAGUUCAGGUGUUAUUCAAGAGAAGCAGGAAUAUGGCUCAGUUUGCAGGACCUUGGUGAAAGAAAGGACCCUCACUGGCAUUUUCAAACCCAGUCCAGAAGAAAGACUAUCAUCCCUAAUCAGUGCCCUUGAUAAUCAAAGCACCUCCAGAAAGUAUCACAGCACUCAGGGACUGAAGAACCUUGUCCUAAGCACCAGGCUGGAGCCAUGCAAUAACAAAAAGGCACCACCAUCAAUGGACACUGCCAAGCGCUCUAAGCUCAUACUAGUGACCUUGAAUGGUACCAUUGAUGAUGAGCUUGACAAGAUAGCCUCUGGGGAAGAUGUGUGGAUUCUCACAAAGGGGAAAUCAAGAAAGAAGCCCAUCAAGAAUCUGACUGAGUCACCCAGCUCCAGCACUUGUGUCACCACCACCAACAGUGAAUCAACAACCAUUGGUCCAGCCAAGAAUGCACUCAGUCCAGCAGAACUUGCUUCACAACUACAUCUGCUCAACUCAAAAAGAUCAUUCUUUUUCCACAACUACUUGGAAGCACUGAAUGACACUGUCACCAGUGUACCAUCCAGCAACCAUAACCCAACCAUCACUCCAUUGCCAACUCAAUCAGAUGAUCCACUCAGCCUGAUGGUCCCAGAUAUAACAUUUGAUGAAGUAGCAACAUUUGAAACCAAUCAAGAUAUCCCUCAUAAUCUGCUCUCACUUCCCAAAAUGGAAUAUGGCUCUUCAAAGUCAUUGUCCAAAAGGUCUCCAAGACAGACCUCCAUACAAAACAGUGUAGAUUACAUCCUGAAGAAAGAAACCAUAGCCGAUAAUGCAUUGCCCAAAAGGUCAAUGAGGCAUCCAAAUGGUAAAAGUCAUCCUUACAAAUUUCACAUUGCCAAAACCAGUAAAGAGUCUUACAGUCAAGAGCACUGCAGUGGUAAUAGUCAGUCUGAAGAAAGCACCGAACAAAGAGUGCCAGUCCCCAUCAUUAUCUGCUAUGCAGAACAUAAGACUCAUACUAUUCCAUCAACCAAAACUACACCUGAGCUGGAGACCAGCACAACUACCAUCAGCAGGACUCUCAGACCAAUGGUAACCACAAAAGUCAUGGACCAAAGCAAGGAAAUGAUGAAAAGGAGUGGCCUUCAAACUGUUUUCAUCCUUCCACUCAAGAUGAAUGAGCCCAGAAAUCCUCAAAAACAUUGGAGAAGACCCUUGGUGCAGCACCAAGAACAUUGGAAUAUCCCCAAUCAUUACAUUGUAUCAUGAUCAAUGAGUGUGUCAUAAAGAAAAUUAUUCAAAAA